AUGGAUUCAGUGAGCUGUCCCAUCCUCUUCGCUGCAUUGGCUGUCAGCCUCUGCUCCUCACCUGCCCUCGCUGACGGGAAAUUUGGUUGCCUGUUUGAAGACGAGCUCUGUACACCGUAUGAGUUCUGCGUCAACGACGGAGUGUUUGGGAGGUGCCAGGAGUUAGCCAGUGCAGAUCUGUACACGUACGAUAUUUCUCCCUCUGCUCUUCAACGCCUCAGGACCGUUCUCCAGAAACUGGCGCACAGAGGUUUGACAUGGCAGGACGACAUCACUCAGCAGGUCAUCUCUAGAGAGCUCUCCAAACUGAGGAACAUCCCUCUCCGCCAUCGGGCCACACCUCCAAGCCCCCUGACCGCCUACAGCAGCUCCAGAGACAGGAAACUGCGGCCUGCUCAGGCAGAGCUGAACAGAAACAUUCAGCAGUACCUGACCGGCCUGGGCUUCCUGCCACCAUCUGAGGUCAACGCGCAACCAGGAAUCCAAAGAGAGGGAGCCAACGUCCAGAAUGGAGACAUCAAGUCUGAUGGUCGUUUUGGGGCCAGCCAGUCUAAACCACAGCAGGGCUGGAAGGAGACCACUCUCUACAGCAUUCAUAAAGGAGACGGCAAGCCUCCAGUCACCAAAGUCUUUACCCAGAGUGGAGAGGGCAGACACCCCAAACUCAGUACAACCUACUCUAACCGCGACUCGGGAAAAAGCAAACUGCUGUCCAGCCAGCUGGAACAGCUUCUUGCGGAGGUACCGAGCACUCAGAAGGGCGCCCCAGGUGGCAAGGCUGCGUGGCCCAAUGGGAAGCUCCACUACCUCAGCUACAUCCAGCCAGCUCAGAGUGACCGCACAGAGCCCCAGUCUCAGAUGGCUUUUGGCUCCAAAGCCCAAAGGCCUAAUCUAGACCGACUUCUGCUCAAGGCUGGCUCAAACCGACUGACCCCCAAAGAACCUCUCAAUGUCAUGGAUGAACAAUUCAUCCAGAAUAUGGUGAACCAGCUGGGAAGGCACAGCAUCAACAUGGAGGCUUUGAUGGGCAAAGACCUGGACCAGCUGGCUGAGGUCAUCACAGGAACGCUGCAGGAGGUGCACAAGGAGCAGCCUGUGGUUGAGGCCCAGCCAGAAUCUGGAGCCGCUGUCUCCAGGGGGGACAAGGAGGGUAACAGGGAGCCACUGGCAGCCAUGCAACUGAAUCAAGACCAAGACUUGAAAUCAGACAAAGGGCAGGAUCUAAACCAGAAAGACACACUGAGAAUGAAACAGCAAGGCCAACAAAUAGACGGUGCAGACAAAGAGCCUGUUGACAAGCAUGCAGCCUUCUUCUCCAAGCUGCUGGACUACCUCAACCUGGAGCCCUUCGGUGAUGCGCCAGAGGUCAGCAUCAGGCCACCAGCUCCCCUCCAGAAAAUGGUGGGGCUGGAGAGUGUCCAAAGCCGGACGACACAGGGACAGGCUGCUGUUCCCCACCGCUGGGAGGAGAAGACUCUGGCCGUGCCUGCGAAGGAAGGCUCCUCCCUGCGUUUAACCGGUGGUGCAGAGGGGCCUGACGCUCAGGUGGACUCGGAGAUCCAGAGGUGGAUGCAGGGGCAUCAGGCUCCAGCGGGGAAGAAGCAGCUGGAGGAGCCACAGAAGAAGGACAUGAGAGUCAAAACUCAGCUGGUCCACGUGGGGGUGAAGGAGUUUUCCAGCAGAGGGAAGGACAGACACUUUGGCUACAUUAUCACCGGCUCAGACUCCCUCACCGCUGACCAGGGCUCGGACCUGAUGGAGCUGCUGACGCAGAGGCUGAACCUCCACGCCACAGACCUCACCCAACUCUCAGUUCUGGGUCCAGCGUUGACUUUCAGACUUGGCCCCAACCCCAAGAACGUGACCACUGCAGAUCUGGUUCAAGUUGCAGUCCAACAGAAGCAGCAGCUGGAGAAGGAGACGGGCCUGAAGAUUGUGGAGGCUGGAGUCAGUGAUAGGGGCAGCCUGACCCAGAUCCCCGUGGUGAAGGAGACCAGGGUGGAGUCGGGCCAGUUCCUGCUGCUCUCCGUCCUCUGCAUGCUCUUCAUCCUGGUGGCGCUGGCAGUGUCCGCCACUUUCUUCUGCGUGCGCCAGCGCUCCCACGUCCGCAUGAAGGAGAAGCUGGCCAGCCUGGGGACUGACACCAGCACCGAUGCCACCGCAACCUAUCAGGAGCUUUGUCGCCAGCGUAUGGCGAUCCGGACAUCGGAGCGUGUUGAGCGACCGGAGACCCUGCGCCACUCGCGGCUCAACAGCGUCUCAUCUCAGUUCAGCGAUGGCCCCGCAGCCAGCCCGUCCACCCGCAGCAGCACCUCCUCCUGGUGUGAAGAGCCAGUGCCAUCCAACAUGGACAUCUCCACUGGUCACAUGAUACUGUCAUACAUGGAGGACCACUUGAAGAACAAGAACCGUCUGGAGCGUGAGUGGGAGGCCCUGUGCUCCUACCAGGCAGAGCCCAGCGCCUGCAGUGUGGGACGGGUCGAGCAGAACUCCAAGAGAAACCGCUCAGAUGCCGUGGUUGUAUACGAUCAUUCCAGGAUCACCUUGAAAGCAGAGAAUAACCACGGCAACUCAGAUUACAUCAAUGCAAGUCCAAUAAUGGACCAUGACCCUCGCAACCCUACUUACAUCUCCUCGCAGGGCCCACUUCCUUCCACUGUGGCGGACUUCUGGCAGAUGGUGUGGGAGAGCGGCUGCGUCGUCAUCGUCAUGUUGACCCCGCUCUCUGAAAACGGCGUGAAGCAGUGUCAUCACUACUGGCCUGACGAGGGAUCAGAUGUCUACCACAUAUACGAGGUCAACUUAGUGUCAGAGCACAUCUGGUGUGAGGACUUCCUGGUGCGCAGCUUCUACCUAAAGAACCUGCAGACAAACGAGACGCGUACCGUCACCCAGUUCCACUUCCUGUCCUGGAUGGACCGCGGGAUCCCCAGCUCGGCCAGGACCCUGUUAGACUUCCGCAGAAAGGUUAACAAGUGCUACAGGGGUCGAUCUUGCCCGAUAAUCGUUCACUGCAGUGAUGGAGCUGGCAGGAGUGGGACUUACAUUCUGAUUGACAUGGUCCUCAAUAGGAUGGCUAAAGGUGCUAAAGAGAUUGAUAUUGCCGCUACCCUGGAGCACUUGAGAGACCAGAGAGCUGGCAUGGUCCAGACAAAGGAGCAGUUUGAGUUUGCGCUGACAGCCGUGGCAGAGGAGGUGAACGCCAUCCUGAAAGCGCUUCCUCAGUGA